AGUGUGUUCGAAUACCCUGACACGCCCAUAAGAGUCUGAAGCACCGGGCUUUACCGACUGCGCUCGAGACGCUGCGAGAGACCGGACGGAUUCUUACUGUGCAUCUUGGUCCUCAAGUGAUUCUCUCCAGAGUGGCAAAGAAGUAGAAAGGGGGGAAAGAAGCGCUUGGUGGAGCAAAAUAACGGAAUUUCCUCUUAUUACCCGGGCUUGCAGUCCAUCAGUUUGGAAGAUAUUGGAAGUGAACGGUGAGCACGAGCCAAUAUGCAGAACCUAAGACCGCUCAUCUUAAGCAUGCUGUUGUGCUCAGCUUUCUCUGCGACUCUGAAAGCCCAAGAAGAUACCCAGAUUCUAUUUUUUGGGGAAGACUUUCACAUCAAAAUGCCUGCAGGUGGAGCUGAUGUGUCAUUCAGGUCUUCCAUUGUUCCUGGACGUGUGAAGCCGCUGAUGAGUUCAGGGAAGGUGGUGGAUAUUCGUGCCAAACUCAAUGUUGCUUUGAGCCACCUGAUCUUGGAGAAUGUUGGAGAGAGUGAUGAAGGAGUCUACACUGUCACAUCCAACCAAAACCCAGAGGAUGUUACAUACAUCACACUCAUUGUUAGAGAUUGCUCUAGUGAGCUCAUUGUCAAGUAUGGUUCAGAUUUUUAUGUGUCGCUGAAUGAUAUCUCACAGCCAGUGCAAGUAGACUUUCGUAACAGCACAGUGGAGGCCAAUCAGACGUCCCUGCAGGCUGUGGAAGUACUGAAUAAUGGAAAAGUCAGUGAGAAUUACCUGGACCGCAUCAGUUUCACUGCUCAGAAGUUCACUCUCCAUGCUGUCACAGAGGCUGAUGAAGGCAGUUACACCUUCAGCGAUUCCAAUGGGAAAGUCAAGAAGAAGAUCUGCCUAAAUGUGAAAGAGCAUCAGAUCUUUGUUACCCUUUCAUAUGGUGGCACUCUGAAAAUAAAUCUGCACUUGAAUAGCUCCUUGGCUCGCCUGCUCCACACCCCAAAGUCUGAUAACCAGGAGUAUUUGAUUAUGGAAAAAGGAUAUCUCAAUCUGCCUCCUAACCUCCUGAAUCUCAAUGAUCGUCUCUCUGUGGAGGAUUCUUUGUGUGUUCUGAUGGGGGUGAAGGCCAGUGAUGCUGGAAUUUUUAGUGUGACUGACCUUCAGGGAUUCCGUGUGUCUGCUGUCCACCUGGAGGUGGAAGCAUACAAGCUUCCUAAACUGUACAUUGCCAUCAUUGCUCUGGUUGCAUUAGUGGUGGUGCUGCUGUUGGUGUGUCUGGUAUCAUGUUUGGUGAAGAUACGCAAACGUGCUGCAAAAGCCAAAGCCAUUGAGGAGAAAUCCCAGGAAGCAGGCAAAGCUGAGGGAGAUACUUUCAGAAAGGUUGUGAAAGAGGCCUGUGCCCAGCAGAAUGAUGAAGCUCCACCCCUGUCACAAAAAGAGGAUCUUACUGAGAAAUCACAGAGCACAGAGGUCAGCAUUAAGGGUUUGGAGGUAUCCACGAAAGAGCCAAGCCUCCAAGAAAGGAACCUGGAGACCAGUGACUCUGGAGUGGGCUUUAAUACCACUGGUCUCCCACUUGACAGUGACACUGAUGCACCAACAGCACCUAUAUCAGAUUCUGAUGUAUUAAGUUCUUCUGCUGCUCCUGAUGUCAAAGCCACUCCCAACCAAAUUCCAGAGCCAAAGACUGCUCCCUCACCUCCAAAACCAGCCCCAACAUCUGACCUGAAGCCUGCACCUGCAUCUGCGGCUAAGUCAAUGUCUCCUCCACCACCUUCUCCUGAACCCAAACCUCCAGUAACACCUGAACCCAAGCCUGCUGUCACACCGAUGCCUGAAUCCAAACCUGCUCUUUCCCCAAAAGCAGAACCUGAAAGCAAACCUGUUCUUACACCUGAACCUAAAUUGACCAUCCCACCAACACCUGAAGCAAAACCAACCUUAAGCCCAUCUCCAGAACCAAAGCCAGCUAUGACAUCUGAUCCAAAACCAACUCUAAGUCUAACACCUGCAACCACAUCAACCACUGAUGUUAAGCCAACUUCAAGUCCAACCAUGGAACCUCCCAAAGCUGUAACACCAACACCUGAUGCGAAACCAACCAGUUCUCCAGAUGUCAAACCAGCAGUCUCGCCAACUCCUGAACCAUCUAAAGUUGGCACCCCUGAGCAAAAACCUGCACUGAGCCCAACACCAGAUCCCAAAACAUCAGUCAAUGAUCCCAAGCCUGCUCUGACUCUGGAUCCUAAACAAGAUACAGUCUCUCCAAUCCCUGAGCUUAAUCCAACUUCACCCACUCCACAGUCUAAACCACCUGUCUCGCCAGUUCUCGACCCCAAACCAACUACAAAUGGUACUCCUGAGUCCAAGGCUGACAGUGGGUCCAUCACUCUUGGGCUGGAUGUGAAGGGCAUGGAGGCACCUGCCACUACCCCUCCCAAAACUCCAGAUACUGGGAAAAGCUCAGUCAAAACACCUGAGCUCAUCUCUGCUCCAGAAGGAAAACUAAACUCGACUUCACCCUCAAGCACUGAUGGAGCUGCCACCAACUGAGAUUACAACCGUAGCCUCUUUCCUGCCUCCUCCUCGCGUAUUAACCACCACAGACAAUCGAGACACUCGCUUAAAAAAGAAGAGCUAAGUGUCUUCCUAAAGGGGUGGGGUUCUUCAAUCUUUUAAGUCUCACUUUUAAUACGAUUAACGUGCAUCAAUAAUACGAUCCACUGUAAAUUCACUCGGUUUACUAAUAUGUAAUCACUCCGUAACAGUAGUGUAACAUACAAGAAAUACAGAGAUAAAGCACUGCAUAUGUUACACCACUGGCUAAUUUAACCCAAAAAUUUAAAUUCUGUCAUAAUUUACUCACCCUUAUGUCAUUACAAACCCGGAUGACUUUCUUACUUAUGCAGAACACAAUAGGAAAAAAUGUAAUGAAUAUCCUAGUCCGUUUUUUCAGUAUAAUGGCAGUGGAUAGUGCCUUAAUUUAAAGCUUUAAGGCCACUGUAUGCUUCAUACGAAAUUCGAAGAAUGAACGGGUGUGACAUCAUUUAGAACAAAAUCUGGCCAAAAAGGUGUUUUUGAGUUUGUUUCGGUGGUGCAAAACAGCUUCUCAGAAAAUCGUCUUAACAGAUGAUAAACACCUUCUUACUGCCAUUGGUCCACGCCAUAGGUAGGUGUGACAUGAAGCACCACCUACUUUGAGGUGAGAACAACUAGUAAUUCCCGUUUAGUCAGUCAGUCAAGAUCAGUCAACAUGAACACACUGGCGUGCAGUUAAUAGCGAGCUGGUGUAAAUUUACCUACAUCUGUACGAUCGUUUGCAUAGAGACAUUUUCCAAGAACAUGCCAUGCGAUUUUUGAUCUUAGUCUUUAAUUAGAAGACAGAAGAAUAACUUCUCUGGGAGUAUUUUGAGGCCUUAAAAAGGACCCAAAAAAAAGUAGUCCAUGCAACCAUGCACUAUCCACUGCCAAUGUUUUGAGAAGACAGACAGAGAUAUUUAUUAAAACAUCUUUUUUGUGUACCACAUAAGAAAUUAAGCCAUACGGGUUUGGAACGACAUGAGGUUGAGUCAAUAUUGACAGUUUUUGGGUGAACUAUUUGUUUGGGGUAUUCAAGAAACUUGUAAAAAGACAAAUCUUCCUUCCCCAAAAAUAAUGCAAUGUCUCUGCAUGAAGAUAUUGAGAAAAUAAACUGUAUUAUCUUUUUCAUAAUUCAAAAUUACUGCAGUUAAACUUGGGGAAAGGUGCACAGAAAGCCCAACUUUCUGCUUUUUGAGGACUGAAAAAUUGUGUGCCACUUGUCAUCAUGUUGUUAUGACAAAGGACAUGUCUCGUUGCAUUUUUGCAGAAAAGGAAAACUACAGUGAAGUGUGAAGCCAAACUAAGAUCUUGAUAUGAUGAAAGACACCUAUUCCAAAAAAUUGAAAAUCACGAUACAACAUAGACUAAUCUGUGACUCUGUGCCUGGAGGACAUUUUUGAGAAUCUUCCACUAUUAAUCCAACCUUAGACACUGGUUUCACGGCACCCUUGUCCAGUUCUGUGACACUUCACAUUUCAAGUUCAUUCAACAACAAAAAUUAUUGUUGAAAUCUCUCUUAAUAUUUCCAUUAGCAAGAGCUGUUACAAAUUUUCACAAUUGAAAACACACAGUGACAACAUUAUCCAUAAGCAGGUGCUUUGCUUCUAAGAAUGAGAUGUGUUUAGAUUAAUAGAUCCCAGUGGUCAGGCUGUUUAGAUAGUUUCUGUUAUUCCAUCAUGAUGAUCUAUUUCUGAUCUAUUCAGAAUGUCGUUUGUAGCCAAAUCUGCUGAUUCUUGUUGCUUGAAGUUGAAGUGAACAAGCUUUGUAGAAGAUCUAGAUUGUUGCGUUGCAUCUGGUUAAAGGGAUAGAGUUACCCAAAUGUGAAAAUUCUGUCAAAAUAUACUCACUCUCAUGUCAUUCCAAACCCAUAUCUUUCUUUCUUAUGUAAAACACAAAAGUAAAUAUUUGAAUGAAUAUCAUCGCUCAUCUUUUCAAUACAUACAGGUUUGGAAUGACAUGAGGGCUGUUAAUUUUGACAGAAUGUAAAUUUUUGGGUGAAGGAUGCUUUUAAUCUACAAUGUUCCAUAUGUAAUUUUGGAUUUAUAUUCAAUGUUGAAAGAUGACUUCAGUCUCACAUAUCAGUUUACAAAUAUUCCAGGUGCCUCCAGUGGAACCUGAGCAUCACUGCCUGAAAGUUCAUGUUAGACACGUCCAGGAAUCAGCUCUUAACACACUAUCUAUAAGAGCUUUGUUUUAAUAUCGUAGAUUAUAGCUAAUUCAAUAUGUCUAUCAAGAUCUAGCAUGGGCAAUUCUGACAGAGCAAAUGGCCAUGUUCAUUUCAAGCCUUUUACAGCUGUUUAAAUACCAGUGCAAGGAAAUGAGACUUGACAGCCAUACAGUCUUAGCAAUGACUCAUAAUGUUAAUAUCACAAACACUAGAUAUUAUACCUAAGGUUUACUGUAGCUUUCAAUGGUAAUAAUUAUGGCAUACCCCCUGACCAAACAGACUUUGUUACCAAAAAUGCAAAUUUAGUCAAUAAAUGAUAAAUCAGAACUGCUUAUGAGCACAUAUGAAUCGUGCUUUGUGAUCUUAAAAUUGAAAACCCCACUCUGUUUGGAGAGAGCAUGUAUUGAAGUAAGAAAAUGCAGGAAAGUCAAAGCAAUACAAAAACAUGCUCCACACAUACAGUAUGUGUACACAUGCAUAAUCAGAUAAUAACUUGUCUUUACAUAUGUAUUGUGAAGUUCAGUGGAGUGGUUUUCAAGUUCCAUAUUAUUGAAUUAAUCACAACCAUACACUGCUAAAGGUAGCCACGUCAGGGGUCUCGUGUACUUUCAUACAAUAGAAACCUAUAAACAUAGUGUAGCAUUGCCCACAUGCUCCCUUGUGACCAUACUCCCCUACUGACUAAUCCGAUUGGCUGUUAGCUGUAAGUGAGCUUCAUUUCACAUUUCCUAAUUGUCAGUCUCCUAUCCCACAAAAUGAUGUCACGUUUAAGUGCAUCCCGGUAAUGUGCAUCACACAGCUUUUCAGGCAAAAUCAAUAUUCCUCUGAUUACUUAUAGUGUUUUACACCAUAAAAUCAUGCUUAAAGGAAUAGUUUCCCCUAAAUAAAAAUUCUGUCAUAAUUUACUUACUAUCAUGUUGUUUCAAUCCUGCAUGACUUUCUUUCAUGGAACACUAAAGGAGAUAUUAGGCAGUAUGUUAGUCUCAGUCACCAUUUACUUUCAGUGCAUCAUUUUCAAUGAAAGUGAAUGGUUACUGACACUAACAUACUGCCUAAUAUCUCCUUUAGUGUUCCAUGAAAGAAUGUCAUACAGGUUUGGAACGACAUGAGUGUGAGUAAAUGAUGACAGAAGUUUCGUUUUUUUAAUUAACUAGCUUUUUAAUAAUUGAAUGAAUUCAGUAACAUGAAUCUUCAGGACACUGCCACUGAUAUAUUAGUUUUGUAUCAUGACAUGAUUAACUGUCUGUUUUUGUAUUUUGUGCGACACAUUGUGCCCUAGACAAUUUUGCUUGUGUGUGUGCGGGUGCAUUGUGUUAUUUACCUUUGAUAGAUUAUAGAUGUUUUUCACCAUUGGCAACAUCAGAAGGCCUAUAUAUGUUUGUGUGUAUGUCAGUGUGUUAGUACAGCAACAAUCUUCACUGGAUAGAUGUCAGUUUUAUGCAACUACCAGUGUCCUUUCUCUCCAGCCUGCUGGUAAUUGCCAUUCGUUUUUAAGUGGUACUUAAUACAGGUGCAAUGUAAAAGAGUUUUUAGUGCUUUGCUUUCCGCUGAUAUUUACAUUCAGUCAAGUGGUAUAUUGCCAAACAAAGGUAAAAUGCAUGAAUUCUAUCACUGAAACUGAGAAAAAAAGGACUUAAAUUUUUUUUGGAUUGUUCAGCCAAAUGUGUUGUACAAGGUAAUGCACUGAUCAUAUAUGUGCACAGUUGAGCCAACCCUAGUUCUAAGAGACAUGAUUUUGGUCAUAACUCAAUUUUGUCAAAACGUACAGUAUAGUAACUGCAUUUUGCCUGUGUACAGCAGUAUAUCAACCAGCUGACCAAGAUAGCCUUGAUUUUUAAUCCACACUCAAGACUAUGCCAAUGCAUCAUCAUUGUAGUCUGCCAUUGCAUGCUAUAGAUUUGCACUCCCACAGUGUCUAUCUGUGCUAGUGUGGUCAUGCAUAUGUAGGAGGUAGUGUUGAAUGUGUCACCCUGUAUCUGUUCAGUCACACAUCAGAUAGACCUGGUUGGUCACUGACAUUCUAUAAGGCAUUAAGUCAGUACCUAGAAUUGUGUGCGUGUACUAUGGAAUUAUCCCUUAAGAGUGAAGAAAAUGAGUGGUGAGAAUGCAUAUGAGAAGUUAAAGGGAUUAUCAAAAAAUUAAAAUUUUGUCAUAAUUUACUCACCUUCAUGUUGAUCAAAACCUGUAUGACUUUAAUUCUUAGUGGAACACAAAAGGAGAUGUUAGGUAGCAUGUUAUCCUCAGUCACCAUUCACUUUCAUUGUACUGAAAAAAAAGCUGCAAUACUAGUUAAUGUUGAUUGUGACUGUCAUUCUGCCUAAAAUCGACUAUUGUGUUCCAUGGAAGAAAGAUACAGGCUUUUGAAGAACAUGAGGGUGAGUAAAUGAUGACACAAUUUUUAUUUUGGGUGAACUUUAGUGUCGUGCAUGCUGAAGUCUGGUUGUGUCCCACAGGUUUAUGAGUGGUCAACAUCUUCUGUCGCUUGCUGCCUCUCUUUUCCUCUCGUUAUUCCACCUUCUAGUGAUGCUCUUCAGUUUAUCAGUCCCUGAUCUUCCUUUUUGCACAAACACAAACAUUUUGUAAGGAAAAGUAAUACUUUCUUUAUUUCAUGCCUAGAAAUGACAUUAAAUGCAAAGAUUUUAAAAUGUUU